UGGAUCUUCACGUCACGUCCCGCCUGUGACACGACGGACCCUGCUGGGUGUGCUCGUUCCCCGGGCAAGCCUGGGCCCUCUCUGACCCCCCAGCACCUCGGGGCCGAGCUGGACUUCUUCCACAAGCUGGGAUACUCCAUGGGGCUCAAGAAGUACGGCCCCGCCACGGACAGAAAUAAAGUUCUCGGGGAGCUGGUCCGGAUGCGAGCCCAAAGGACCGAGCGGGGGCCCGUGACCACCGAGUCGGUGCUUGUUACCAAAAGUGACAUGCAGCCCACGGAGCUUGCCGUCAGGUUGCCGCUUGCUUCUCAAAGCAAAGAGGAUGACGGCGAUGAUGAGGACGCUCUGAGGCCCGUUGUCAUCGACGGGAGUAAUGUAGCCAUGAGCCACGGGAACAAAGAGGUUUUCUCUUGUAUGGGAAUCCAGUUAGCCGUGGACUUCUUCUUAAACAGAGGCCACACGACCAUCACCGUGUUUGUUCCCUCUUGGAGGAAAGAGCAGCCGAGACCCGAUGUUCCAAUCUCAGAUCAGAAAAUUCUGUUGGAUCUGGAAAAGAAGAAGUUUCUGACGUUCACACCAUCACGCCGCGUGGGGCACAAGCGAGUGGUGUGCAACGACGACCUGUUCAUCGUCCAGCUGGCCUUUGAGACCGGCGGCGUCAUCGUGUCCAACGACAUGUACCGCGACCUGCAGGUCGACAGGCCAGAGUGGAAGGACUGCAUCAACGAAAGGCUGCUCAUGUACUCCUUUGUGAACGACAAGUUCAUGGUUCCUGAUGAUCCACUUGGCCGACACGGUCCAAACCUGGAAAACUUCCUGCGGUGGCUUCCAAAGACUCCCAAAAAACCUCUGAAACCAUGCCCUUAUGGAAAGAAAUGCACCUUUGGACUCAAAUGUAAAUUCCUCCACCCCGAGCGCGCCAAGCAGCCCAAUUGCUUGCUCGCCGAUGAACUCCGAGAGAACGCGAAACUCCCCUCCGCUGGUCCCAGAACGGGUUUCCAAAGUCCAGUUCCUGGCCAAAGGCACUUAUUUGUCGACGAGGCGAGCAAAUUCAGUUUGGGACACGAGAGAAGCUCCUUGAAGAAAGACAAAGUGACUCACUGCCUGAGGCAGAAGUCCUCAUCUAAGAAAGAGAAGAGCAGUUUGGGCUCCUCUGAUCCUGGCUCUCAUAAGCAUCUAGACUCUGGCAUAGGUUCUAUAGAAAGUCAGUCCGCGGAUGCUCACAAGUCUGAUUGUCAUUUCCAGUAUGGGGCUACAUCUUCCAGCUACCAUCCCAUGCUGAAUUCUCAUCCUAGGAGUGCACCAUGUGCCUCUCGGAGGACUUUUCAAGACCAACAUUUCCAUCACAGCUUCAGGUCAGUGCGUCACGUCAGAACCGACACGGUGCCUCCGGACCGGUCCUCUUACGACACCUACGGGGAUGAGAGAAAGGUCGUACGUACAAAGCUCCUCGCCGUCUUCAGAACCAAUUUGGUGGACGCAGCCAUGGACAUGUUCCCGCACCUGACGGACCCGGAGAUGUUGGCCGUGGAGAUCGUCAAGAUGCAGAGUGACAACAAGAUGAGAUAAACCUCCUCAACUCACUUCAACACAUAAACCUCGGCACUAAGAUGCCAGAAGGCAGCAGCAAAAGAUUCUUUUUGUCUAAAUGAAACAACUCAUUUUACUUCGGCAUAGUUCCUUGGCACCAUACCUAAUUGUUUUUGGGCAGAGCACAAAAACACUACGCGGUAGGUAAAUUUGCGAAUGGCGUACCGCUAAUAUGCGGGGCUUUACUGUAUGUUACAGUAAACCACAUGUUUCCAUAGUGAAUGGGACAACAGUACAGUUGAUACAAAUUGUAUCUUGAUCUAUCUGACAAUGUCGCAGUAAUUAACGCAAUGUAUUUUAAGAAUUUAUAUAAUCUAGUGCAAAUUCAUCAAUUACACAUUCUGCUUUUAGUAGAUGUUCCGUAUCAAUCUUGUUCAGUUAAUUUUGUGUUUGCAUAUAGUAUGUGCAUUUUCUUUUCUUUUUUUUUUAAAUUCAGGUCAAGUGGUUUAGUGUUACCGCUUUUAGGCAACAUUGUUACUGAUUGUGCAGAAGAGGGGAAAAAAUAGAUUUUAAACAGGAAUGUGUAACAUUAUUGUCUUUUACUGUUAGCAAUAUGUGCACACAAUAAAUCUCUUCACCAUGACAGCUAUGGACUAAGAAUCGUGUAAAAUGCCAACGACUCCAUUCCAAUUCCCAGCACUGCAAAAUAAAACUGAUUACAAAUGGAGGAAGUGUCAAAUGCCCUGCCCGAUUGUGUCAGAUUUGACCUUAAGUUGCGCAAGAUCUUUAGCUCACACGAUGAUGUAUUCCAAAAAUGCUGCUGCCUGCACUGCUGUACAAUAUGCAAAUACUACAUGGAAGGAGGUUCCCUGGUCCUGUAUGACAAGUUGUAACUUUCUAGUUUUUAUGACAAUGACUUUAUACAGGGCGGCAUGGUACUGCAGCUGUAGAGCUUUGGCCUCACAGUUCUGAGGACCUGCGUUCAAAUCCUGGUCCCAUCUGUGUGGAGUUGAUAUCCCAAAAACAUUCAACAUUAAUUAGACGCUCAAAAUUGCCCCUGGGUGUGAUUGUGAGUGUGACUGUUGUCUGUCUCCAUGUACCCUGCGAUUGGCCGGCAACAAGUUCAGGGUGUACCCCGGCUCCUGCCCGUUGACAGCUGGGAUUGACUCCAGCACUCCUGUGACGCUCAUGAGGAUAAGUGCCUCACAAAAUGGAUGGCUGGACAGGCUUUAUACAGCUUUAUGCUUCUAAAAUAAUUCCAGAGGCACAGAUACUAUUUUGCAUUUACAUUCUCACAAUUGCGUUGUCAUGAAUGCUUGAGAAGAUUGCACAAAAUACUACAUACUGUACAGUACUUUGUAUAAUAUCUUUUAUCAGAUGUUCUCAAGAGCUCGUUAAUGUUUUCGCCUGCUGGACGGCUGAGGAACAACAUGUAAGGUGAC